AUGGGUGGGGCUGGAGACACGUGUUCUCAGCCCCACCCUCGGGAAUCGUUUAUUUGCGGCCGGAAUUCUUUCGUAGGAAUUCCGAAAAUUAUCAAAGGAAUUCAUAGGAAUGUCGCACCAAUUAUAGGAAUAAAAAAAAUUCAGGGAAACCAAUUAUUAGCCAUGGGUGGGGCUGGAGACACGUGUUCCCAGCCCAAAACACGGGAAUCGUUUAUUUGCGGCCGGAAUUCUUUCGUAGGAAUUCCGAAACCUAUCAUAGGACCUCAAAGGAAUGUCGCACUAAUUAUAGGAAUUAAAAAAAUUCAGGGAAACCAAUUAUUAGCCAUGGGUGGGGCUGGAGACACGUGUUCCCAGCCCCAAACACGGGAAUCGUUUAUUUGCGGCCGGAAUUCUUUCGUAGGAAUUCCGAAACCUAUCAUAGGACCUCAUAGGAAUGUCGCACUAAUUAUAGGAAUAAAAAAAAUUCAGGGAAACCAAUUAUUAGCCAUGGGCGGAGCUGGAGACACGUGUUCCCAGCCGCACCCACGGGAAUCCUUUAUUUGCGGCCGGAAUUCUUUCGUAGGAAUACCGAAACCUAUCAUAGAAACUCAUAGGAAUGACGCACUAAUUAUAGGAAUAAAAAUAAUUCAGGGAAACCAAUAA